CAAUUUGCAAACCUGCACCUGCCUGGGGCCAGGGCUCGCCAACCCAUUCUCCACGAGGCGAAAAAAUCUCGAGAGAGCGCCAGCCAAGUCGCCAGCAACCCCUCACGCUGCGUUGCGCUGCUCUUUAAUACACACAUCAAAUCUCCUCGAGACCUGCCGCCGCGCAGAGGAGGUUGCCCAUCAUGCCGCCCCCGCCGCAUCAAAAACCCGAAAAUGUCCUGAAGAGGGCCCACGAGCUCAUCGGGGUCAACCAGGCCCCGGCAGCCCUGACUCUGCUGCACGAGCAUAUCACGUCAAAGCGUUCCCGCAAUGUCCCCAUCGCCUCGCUAGAGCCGGUUAUGGUCCUGCUCGUCGAGCAGGCCGUCGAACAGAAGAAGGGCAAGCUCGCCAAGGACGCCCUGUACCAGUACAAGAACAUCGCCCAGAACACCAACGUUGGGACAAUAGAGCUUAAGGUCACGGCUGCCCAACAAAAGGCGGAUGAGGUUCAAUCGAGCAUCGAGGCCACGACUGGGUCGUCCAGUGUCGAAGACCUCGAGGCUAGCGAGACCCCGGAAUCCAUUCUCCUGGCCACCGUUUCCGGCGAGCAGUCAAAAGACCGGACUGACCGCGCCAUCGCGUACCGGACCCUCCUGUACCAGAGCACUGCGAUGCAAGCCUUCGACUUCUGCCUCAAGUACGCCCGCAAGACCGAGUUCCGCCGUCUUUGCGAGCUCCUCCGCAACCAUAUGCAUGCGAUCAACCUGAACGACCCGGACACCCUGCAACGCCACCUCGAGACCCGCUUCCAGCAGCUGAACGUGGCUGUCGAGUUGGAACUCUGGCAGGAGGCUUUCCGCAGCGUCGAGGAUAUCCACACCUUGCUGAGCCUGAGCAAGCGCCCGGCCAAGAACAUCAUGAUGGCCAACUACUACGAGAAGCUCACCCGCAUCUUCCUCGUUGGUGAGAACUACCUGUUCCACGCUGCCGCUUGGUCGCGCUACUACAACCUGCUGCGGCAGUCCGCCGCCAUGGUCGCCACUGGCCAGAGCAAGAAGUCCGACAGCCCGCCCGUCAGCGAAGCCGACCUGCAAAAGGCCGCCACUUUCGUCGUCCUCUCGGCGUUGUCUAUCCCGGUUAUCAGCACAUCGCGUUCGCGUGGUGCCAUGGUCGACUUUGACGAGGCGCGCAAGAACAAGAACUCGCGUCUGACCCACCUCCUCGGCCUAUCGCAAGCCCCCACCCGCUCUUCGCUCUUCCGCGAUGUCUUGUCCAAGGCCCUUCUCCGCCGCGCCAACCCCCAGAUCCGGGAUCUGUACAACAUCCUCGAGGUCGACUUCCACCCCCUCUCUAUCUGCCAGAAGAUUUCCCCUAUUCUCGCCAAGGUCGGCGCCGAUGAGGAGAUGCAAAAGUACAUUCUUCCUCUGCAGCAGGUCAUUCUCACUCGCCUGUUCCAGCAGCUGUCCCAGGUGUACGAGACGGUCGAUCUCGAGUUCGUUCAGAGCCUAGCACAGUUCCCCGAGCCGUUCCAGGUUACCCGGGGCACUAUCGAGAAGUUCAUCAUGAACGGUAACAAGAAGGGCGACCUUGCCAUUCGCAUGGACCAUGCCACCGGCGUCCUGAGCUUCGACGUCGAUGUCUUCUCGUCAGCCAAGGCUGUUCACGCUGGCUCGGCGGCCGGCUCGGCUGAGAACGAGUCUGGCUCCGUUCAGCGUCUCCAGAGCACCCCGUCGCAGAUUGUCCGUUCUCAGCUCACUCGCCUGGCCGAGGUUCUCUACACAACGUGCCGGUACAUCGAUCCUUCGUUCAACGAGGCCCGGAUCAAGGCCCGCGACGCAGUUCUCGCGCGCGCCAAGGCUGGGGCCGAGAAGGAGCACCUUGAGAUCCUGUCAAGGAAGGAUGUGAUUCAGAAGCGCAAGGACAAGGCUUCGGAGAUCCAGGCCCAGAAGGAGAAGGAGUUGGCUCGCAAGAAGAUGCUCCAGGAGCAGGCCCUGCAGCAAGCCGAGGCUCAGCGGUUGGCUGAGGAGCAGAGAAUUCGGGAGCAGAAGCGGAUGGCCGCCGAGCGCGAGCAAAUCAAGAAGAAGGAGGUCGAGGGCAUGCUUAAGGACAUGAAGCUCGACGACGUCGAACUUGAGGACCUCGACAACCUCGACAGCAACAAGAUCCGCAUGAUCAAGCUGCAGCAGCUCGAGCGGGAGAAGAACACCAUCGCCGAGAAGAUGCGCGUCACUGGCAAGCGCCUCGACCAUCUGGAGCGUGCCUUCAGAAAGGAGGAGGCCAAGAAGCUCCCCGAGGACUACGCCAAGCAGCGUGAGCGUGACGUUGCUGCCUACGAGCUGAUCAAGGUGCAGACGCUCAAGGAUGCCGAGUUGAAGCACAAGGAGGAUGUGGAGUUGAAGCACCGCCUGACCCGCCUGAUGCCGUUUUACGAGUCAUUCCGGGCCGACCUGCACGAGCGCCGUCGCGACAUGUUUGAGAAGCGCCGCCGUGAUGCCGAGCGCGAGCUUGAGAAGCAAGUCACCCUUCGGCGGAAGGAGUACCGCGAGCGCAAGCUGCGCGAGAAGCGGGAGCGCGAAGAGAAGGAGCGCGCUCUCCGGGAAGCCGAGGAGCGUGCGGAGAGGGAGAAGGAGGAGGAGAAGCAGCGGCAGGAGGCUCGCAAGGAGGAGCUGGCCAGGAUCAGGGAGGAGCGCGAGAAGGAGCGCGAGAAGGCCAAGGAAGCCCAGGCUCGCCAGCAACAGCGCGAGGAGGAGGCCAUGGCCCGUCGCAGGGCCGAGAAGGCUGCUGCCGCGGCAGUACCUAUCCGGGAGCGCGAGCCGGUCGCCGCCGCCGCCGCCGGCUCCAGGCCUCCUCUGCCACUUGCCGGCGCCAAGUCCAGCUGGAGAGACCGCGAGGCAGCCAAGGCUGCUGCCGGUGGCGCGCCAUCAGAUUCUGCCCCCCCCUCCGGCGCGGGCUGCCCCGCCCCCAAUGGGGCGCACCGACUCCAGCGACAGACCCGCUGCUGGCGUGACAAGGAGGCGGUUAAGAAUGCUGCCGGGGGUGCCCCGCCCCCUGAGCGCAGCGCCCCGCCGUCCAGAACCGCGUCUGGUCGUGGCGAGCCCAUGGACCGGGCAGGCUCGGGCCGCGGUGGUGACCGGGAGGCUGGGGACAACAACGGUCCUGCGCCGGAGCCGCUCAAGGCCACGGGCGCGCCGGGUAAGUAUGUGCCCAAGUUCCGCAGGCAGGGUUAAGCCCUGGGAGGUAUAUGUGGGGAGAGGGGGCGAGGGAAGGAUGAAAACAUGAAAUGGAUGGAGUGGGGGUUUACGGAUCAUGCCAUUUCCUUUCCGCUCGUUGACGAGAGAUGUCUCACGCACGCACUACACACCGGAGUUUUUUCUCUUUGGGAACCGGGGGAGGGGGGCACUUCUUUCUCUCUUGUCCCACGCUGUCACUGGGCGUCGUUAGCAUGUGUAGAGAGUAGCAUCACGGCUGUCACGUUCUCGAUUUGCGUUCCCGAGUUGAGCUCAGUCUUGGGGUGGUGGUGUGGAAGUUCACGAUAAUUGGGAAGCAUGGUUGGGAUGGACUGGCUGGGAGGCGGGUUGUUGAGAAUGGAAAAGUGGAUUCUUUCUACUGGAUA